AUGGCCCUGGCUCUCUCCCUUGGCCUCCUGUCCCUGGCGGGCCUGCUCGUGUACCAUGCCGUGGUGUGGCUGCUGUCGACGCGGCGCCCGCCAAACUUCCCGCCGGGCCCACCGUCGAUCCUGGGGCUGGGGAACUUGCAUAACUUCCCGCGGGAAAACCCCUUCCUCACUGCCGCCGAGUGGGCCAAGCAGUACGGCCCCAUCACGGGGCUCAAGUUCGGCCCGACCAACGUGAUCGUGAUCAACGACGCCAAGCUCGUCUACGAGUUCAUCGUCAAGCGCGGCGCCAUCUUCUCGGGCCGCCCGAAGCGCCACGUUGCCCAGGAACACGUGCUGCCCGAAGGCCGCGACAUGUACGCCAUCUUCUUGAGCAACGACUACAGCCGCCGCCUGCGCACCAUCACUAAGGAGUUCCUCGCCGGCUCCGGCCUCGGCCAGCUGGCGCCCAUGCACCAGGCCUCGGCCACGGGCCUCGUCUACGACCUGCUGCAGUCGGGCGACAAGUGGAGAGACCACAUCGCUUCGUGGUACGUGGCCGUCACGGCGCCCGUGGCCAUGAUCAGCGGGGCGCAGCUGCACGAUCUGGGCGACAACUGGGUGCGCGACUACAACAAGGUGCAGCACGAGUUUGAGGACCUGCUGGACCCGGCGACGGCGCCGCCCAUCGACAUCUUCCCGAUACUGCAGUGGGUGCCGGCCAUGUUCGCGGAGUGGAAGCGCAAGGCGCCCGUGACCCGCAAGGCGCUGCUGAAGUCGUACGGGGCGCUGAUGGCGCACGCCAAGAAGCCUCACAACAACACGAUCCAGCCGCUCGCCACCAAGCUGCUGCAGCGGGCGGCCGAUCCCAAGACGCCACCCGAAGGCCGCUUCAGCGAGCAGGAGAUCACGAUGCUGAUGGGCGGCACCAUCGACGCCGCCUUCGACUCGUCCGUCGUGGUCUUCCAGACCCUCAUGCUGGCGCUGGCGGCGCACCCGGAGGUGCAGCGGGCCGCCCAGGCCGAGAUCGACGGCGUGUUUGCGAGCGAGACGGAGCUGCCCGAGCGCAUCGACCUCGACCGGCUGCCGUACGUCAACGCGUGCAUGACCGAGUCGCUGCGGUGGCGGCCCGUGUCGACGCUGGGCCUGCCGCGCGAGACGGUGGCCGACGAGCAGAUGCUGGGCUACAACAUUCCCAAGGGCACCAUGGUCAUGAUCAACAUGUGGCUCAUGAACAUGGACCCGGACUUCUACGACGAGCCCGACCGCUUCAUGCCGGAGCGCUACAUGCGCGACCCCGUGGGCGCCAAGGCGGGCGUGUCGCAGCUGGGCCGCAAGGCCGUGUACACGUUCGGCGCCGGCCGCCGCGAGUGCCCGGGCAAGGACUUCGUCUACCAGAGCAUGUGCAUGGCCGUAUCCCAGAUCCUCUGGGCCUUUGACGUGGUGCCCACGACCAAGCUCGACCUCAGCCCCAGCACUGGCUUCACCUCGUCCGUCGUCCUGAAGCCCAAUCACUUCGGGAUCAAGUUUGUGCCCCGGCGGCCCGACUUGGGCGCCGUAGUGGCCGAGCAGAAGCGCAAGGCCGACGUGCUGCUGCGGCAGAUUCUCGCAUGA